UAAGUAAGCAUCACUACUGAUCAGUAUACUAAUCCCACACAAUGACUUCCAACGUUCAGCUUUCAGAAACAAGCAGCCCAAGGAAUCAGAAAAGCCGUCCGAGAGCUGAGAAGGAGGAAGUUGACUACAUGCAGAGAGCUCAGUGGCUUAGAGCUGCCUUGCUUGGAGCCAACGAUGGUCUUGUCACAGUUGCGUCCCUCAUGAUGGGUGUUGGUUCUAUCAAAGAAGAUGUCAAAGCAAUGCUGCUCGUUGGUUUUGCCGGCCUUGUAGCUGGUGCUUGUAGUAUGGCCAUUGGAGAGUUUGUGUCUGUGUGUACUCAAAGAGAUAUUGAAACUGCGCAGAUGAAGAGAAAUAUUGAGAACAAGACAUCAUUAUCAGCAAUAGACGAGCAAGAGGAGGAAGAGAAGAAUGAACGGUUGCCAAAUCCGGGACAAGCAGCAAUUGCAUCAGCUUUAGCGUUUUCAGUUGGGGCAGCAAUGCCGCUUUUGUCUGCUGUGAUCAUAGAGAAUCAUAAGGUAAGAAUGGUGGUGGUAGCGGUCGUGGCCACCAUAGCAUUGAUUGUGUUUGGAGUAACCGGUGCGGUCUUGGGAAAGACAAGUGUGGUUAAGUCAAGUGUUAGGGUGGUGAUUGGUGGUUGGAUGGCUAUGGCUCUUACCUUUGCUCUCACUAAGUUCAUUGGCUCCGCAGCCAUGCAAAUCUAAAGGCUCUUUUCAGUAGUCUUAUGCAUCACAAAGUAGUAGUGUCUUGCGUUAUGUUUGUGUUACAAUCAUUAAGGGAGAUAUACAUGUGAUGUAGACUAUGUAAUGCACAACAAAAACCGAAGAAGUCAAUAAAUGGUUUGUUUAUCUA